UUCACAAGCAAUGCAGCCCCUCGUUCAUCUCUUUGUUUGUCUUAAUCAUUGACCUCCAAAUCUCUUCCAUAGACGAAUACAUCAUCAAAUCACCCGCACCCAUAUCUCUUUCAAUUCUUAACUAUCCCAAAGCCUCUGUACUCCUCACUCCACUCCACUCCACUUCUCUCGUAUUUGUUCAUGUAAUAGAGAGAAUCAGUUGAGUGUGUGUUUUUCAACCAAUUUGAAAUGGGUCAUCAUCCUUUAGGUCCCUGUCUAUCACAAUGGCAGAGUUCCAAUUAGGGUUUUUGCCCAUGGUAGAAAUGGUGCCUCUAAUUGGGUCUUCCUCCUCAAGUGCAUCCACCUCACUUUUUGCGCAUUCUCUUCCCCAUAAUUCCAAGCUUCAUUCUUUGCAGAGCUUAUUUGAGAGCCACAGAUAUAAAUUCAGGCCCCUCAUGAAUGGAAAAUGCCAAUCAAAACAGUUUUCAUUUGGCACGUAUAACAGACUGGGAGGAGUUUUGAAUAAGAAGCUAAUCGUUCUUGCUGCUUCUCAAGAUCAAUCAAAACACAGUGAGCUCAACACUGAAGUUGUUAAUCGAGAAGCAGUCCAAGAUACUCAUGAAGGAAGCAAUGAAGAGGGAGAGUUGUAUACAGACACUCAGAGAAGUAAAGGACAAGUGGGUUUUGUAUCAUUUUAUGGUAUUCCAUACACAAGACAUGAUAAUACUUUCUUACACACAACUGUCAACAAACGGCCAAACGUUUUGUGGGUUUUGGGCCCUUCUGUACUUGUGGCCUCCUUGGUUAUUCCAUCACUUUACCUAAGGCGCGUCCUUUCCACUGUGUUUGAAGAUUCUCUCUUGACUGAUUUCCUCAUAUUGUUCUUCACUGAAGCGCUUUUCUACGGUGGUGUUGCUGUCUUCGUUCUUUUAACACACCACAUGCAAAGACCCUAUCUUCAUUCUAUGGUUAAAUACAGUGCUGAAAUUACCCCACACUUUGGACAACGAAUAUUUUCAGUAGUGACCUUGGUGCUUAGUCUCAUCAUUCCUCUUGUGACAAUGGGUUUGGUUUGGCCUUGGACUGGGCCAGCAGCUUCAGCCACGCUAGCUCCAUACCUUGUUGGUCUUGUUGUUCAGUUUGCAUUUGAGCGUUAUGUCAGAUAUACUAAGUCACCUGCUUGGCCAUCCAUUCCCAUCAUCUUUCAGGUUUAUAGGCUGCACCAGUUGAACAGAGCAGCACAGUUGGUAACAGCACUAUCCUAUUCAGUUAGAGGGGCAGAGGCAAAUUCACAGACAUUGGCCAUAAACAGCUCUUUGGGUGCCCUACUUAAUGUCCUCCAAUUCCUUGGGAUUAUAUGCAUUUGGUCUCUAGCAAGCUUCUUAAUGAGGUCCGGUCCUUGUUGGGCCUCCCAACCUGAUCCAUAGCACCAUCAAAUUCCAUAGGCCUUGACUGCCAUAUUUAUACUGAUGUCAGAACUGGGUCUUACUCAUAAAAGCUACAGAUGAGCUUUCUGAUUGGGAGUUCUCUCGACUGAGUUGAAGUCCAUGCGCUAGAGCCAUGGGUGUUUUUCUCUUUUUUCUUUCAUGGAAGAGGGUAACUGUGCAAAUUAUGCCAUGAGUUGUAUGUGAAUUAUAAUGUAGUUCUCAUAAUUACAGGGUAUAUGUGCGAUGGGCUUAUG